GCCCUCGCCCACCCGCCCGCCCGCACCCACUCGCUCCCGCGACCCUCGCUCGCCUCGCGCGGGCAGUUUGGGGCCUAGACCUCCCUCCCCCCGCCAGCCACCAAAGACUUGACCACGUAACGAGCCCAACUCCCCCGAACGCCGCCCGCCGCUCGCCAUGAAUGCCGGUGUGACUGAAAGUGGACUAAAUGUGACUCUCACCAUUCGGCUUCUUAUGCACGGAAAGGAAGUAGGAAGCAUCAUUGGGAAGAAAGGGGAGUCGGUUAAGAGAAUCCGCGAGGAGAGUGGCGCGCGGAUCAACAUCUCGGAGGGGAACCGCCCGGAGAGAAUCAUCACUCUGACCGGCCCCACCAGUGCCAUCUUCAAGGGCUUCGCAAUGAUUAGCGACAAGCUGGAGGAAGAUAUCAACAGCUCCAUGACCAACAGCACGGCGGCCAGCCGGCCCCCGGUGACCCUGCGGCUGGUGGUGCCGGCCACCCAGUGCGGCUCCCUGAUUGGGAAAGGCGGCUGUCAGAUCAAAGAGAUCCGCGAGAGCACCGGCCAGGGCCGGGUGGCGGGGGAUGUGCUGCCCAACUCGACCGAGCGGGCCAUCACCAUCGCGGGCGUGCCGCAGUCUGUGACCGAGUGUGUCAAGCACAUCUGCCUGGUCCUGCUGGAGACGCUCUCCCAGUCUCCGCAAGGAGUCUUGACCGUUCCGUACCAGCCCACGCCCGCCAGCUCUCCGGUCAUCUGCGCGGGCGGCCAAGAUCGCUGCAGCGACGCUGCGGGCUACCCCCACGCCACCCACGACCUGGAGGGACCCCCUCUGGACGCCUACUCGAUUCAAGGACAACACACCAUUUCUCUGCUCGAUCUGGCCAAGCUGAAACAGGCGGCAAGACAACAGUCUCACUUUGCCGUGAUGCACGGCGGGACCGGAUUCGCUGGAAUUGACUCCAGCUCUCCAAAGGUGAAAGGCUAUUGGGCAAGUUUGGAUGCAUCUACUCAAACCACCCAUGAACUCACCAUUCCAAAUAACUUAAUCGGCUGCAUAAUCGGGAGCCAGGGCGCCAACAUCAACGAGAUCCGCCAGAUGUCCUUGGCCCAGAUCAAAAUUGCCAACCUGGUCCUAGGCUCUUCCGGUAGGCAGGUUACUAUUACUGGCUCGGCUGCCAGCAUUAGUCUGGCCCAAUACCUAAUCAAUGCCAGGCUUUCUUCUGAGAAGGGCAUGGGGUGCAGCUAGAACGGUGUAGAUUCACUCAUAACCCUCUUCUGCUGUUUUCCCAUGAUCCAACUGUGUAAUUUCUGGUCAGUGAUUCCAGGUUUUAAAUAAU